AUGGGUGUAUGUUCUAACUGUUCUUCUAGCGACUUUGCAGAAGACACGGCACAGGGAGCUGUGUAUUGUACAACAUGUGGGAUGGUGCAGGAGGAGAAUGCAAUAGUCGCAUCGCUGAACUUUAAUACCGAGGGCCCCAAGGCCACUCUGAAUGGGCAGAUUGUCGGCAUUGAUUCCAGGAAUGUUGGAACUGGGUUUGUUGAUUCGAGCUACUACAUCAAGAACACCAUUAGCGGGAUAUGUGCAUCGCUUGGGCUUGGGAUUGACCAUGUCGAGUGCUCCUUCCGAUGGUAUAAGCUUCUCCUUCAGUACAAUCUUAGCAAGGGGAAGUCGAUUUUGUAUACUCUGAGUGCCUGCAUUUACAUUGUCUGCAGACAGGAAAAGACGCCCCAUAUGCUGAUGGAUUUUUCGAAUGCACUGCACAUUGAUGUGUUUAAGAUAGGGAAGAGUUUUCUGAAGAUAACAAGUAUGCUUGGGAUUGAGAUUCCCUUGAUUGAUCCGUCUCUGUAUAUGCCUCGCUUUGUUUCUCGGCUAAGAUUUGAGAGUAGUGAGGUGCUGGGGCUUUCGCUAAGGUUGAUAAGCAGGAUGAAGAGGGAUUGGAUUGUUGUUGGGAGAAGGCCAAACAACCUGUGUGGGGCAGCUCUUCUGAUUGCCUCGAGAAUAGUUGGGGAGGAGAGGAGUAUAUAUGAGAUAGCGAAGAUAGUCCAUGUUUCUGUGAGUACUAUAAACAAAAGGCUGAAGGAGAUAGGAGACACCGAGAGUGCGAAUCUUAGCAUUGAGGAGUUUAAUGCGACAUGGAUAGAAAAGGAGGAGGAUCCGCCAUCUGUCAAGGUGAAGAGGAUGGAGAUGGCGAAGAAGCAGGAAUGCGAGUCUGGGAGCAGCGAGAUGAUCCCGUAUUCCACCCCACAGAGCAGUGUUGACAGCGAAGCUCUUUCUGACUCUGAAGAGAUUGAGAGGAACAUUCUUUCGCCCGAAGAGAGCAAGAGAAGGGAAAUUGUCUGGGAGGAAAUGUAUGGAGAGUUUAUGAGGGAGCGAGAGAAGAGGGCAAAGAGCAGUGUCAAGAAGGGGAAAAGGAGAAGGAGGAACGAGGAGUUUGGGUCUAUUGUUGAAGCAUUUAGGAGCUUGGACAAGAAAAUUUCUGGAAAGUUGAACUACCAAGCAAUUGAGAGUAUUUUUGAUAAGCUUUAG